AUGAACCAGCACGGCAGGACACAGCCGACAGGAGACGUAGAGUGCGGCGGACUGGCGGAUGCCGGAGAGGCGGAGAGCAGCUUCGAUUUGGGAAUUGGGACUUGGGAGUUGGGAGUGUUAGUGAGAGCCCUAGGCGACGGCAGUCACGGGCACUAUGCAAUAUUGCAAAUUUGCAAUGGCUCGGCCGUGUCUCAUGUCAUUGUGGACGGUCAAAGCGGGUGUCAUUUUGUUGCCGAAUGGGCAAAGAUUGCACGCGGUGAAAAAUCUGAUAAUCAACCAUACCUAGAUCGUACAAUUCUUCAACAAUAUGAAGAGUGCCCAUCGUCAAUAGCUCCAAAAUUACAAUACCCCGACUUUUACCCACUACCCGUCCUGAUAGGCCAGUCUAGCAGCUUAGAAGAGCGUAAAAAGGCUACUACCUGUGCCAUGUUUCAGUUAAGUAAAGAACAAAUUGAGCAGCUCAAGAACAACGUCAACAACCACAACGAUUUGGUUCACAAAACUAGCAAUCAUCCGCCAUUUAGCCGGUUUGUAGCUGUAUCUGCGCAUAUAUGGAAGUGCUUAUCCAAGGCCCGUAUGCACAGCCCCGACCAAGAAACGGUUCUAUAUGUGACUGUGGAUUUUCGCAAUCGGCUUAAACCACCCUUGUCCGGAAGGUAUUUUGGAAAUGCUGUCUUACCUGUACCAGCAAGAGCCAUUGCAGGUGAUCUCCAAUCGAGGCCACCAAGCUAUGCUUCAAGCAAAAUUAAGGAAGCAAUAGACAAGGUUACAGAUGAAUAUGUAAGGUCAUAUCUUGUUUGUAUGAAGGACAUGCCCGAGGUAUCUAGCAGUCGACAUUUUCACACUGUUGGUUGUGCACAGGGGUUGUUCUUUGGAAAUCCCAAUUUGCUUAUUACUAGUUGGGUUGGGCUGGACGUGUACAAAGUCAAUUUUGGGUGGGGAGAAGCAAUUUCCAUGACCCCUGGGUCAUUAGGUUAUGAUGGAAGACUCUUCCUUAUUCCUGGUCCUAAUGGGGAUGGAUCGUUGAUUAUCCCACUGCGCCUGCAAGUAGAACAUAUUAAUGCUUUUAAGAAGUAUUUCUACGAAGAUAUAUAAUGCUGCAGACUUGCAAGGGAACCAACGAAUUGGCAGCUGCUGGAGAACAGUUUGAAGAGCUAUUAUUGCAGGCAAACGGGACGUGGAUCUUUUCAGAUAUGGAAGAUGGAGUAGACGGAAUAAAAAAUUUGUCUCUUAAGGUAGUAGCAAAUAAGGAGACUUUUACUCCCUGUGAUAGCUAGUAUGACC